CCGACCAAGUGCUGCAUCAUUUCACCUUCGUGAUGCCAAAUUGACCUUUAGAAAUCCCGGGGAGUCGAUUGACUUUAAGUUCACCAUGUCGGAAACUCUUCCAUCUGGCGAUUCUUUAAAGUACCAGGUCACUCUCCUGACCCGCCUCGUGUACGGAAAGUCCGUCGUCUUGGACGCCUUAAUCGACAACGAGGACGGAAAACUGUUUGAUCGUUACGGGUUACACAAUUUGAAGGAGCUCGACUUUCGAAGGAUGAUUGGGAUUUUCUACGGUUACGACAUGAACUACAUUCAGAAUGCGGAUGAAUUGUGGACUUUGUGGGGAAUGGGGACCCUCUUCGAGGCCGAAUCGGUGGAAGAAUUUUGCUAUAUGAAAUUAGCCGCUCCUGAUUUAUCGCUUCAGGUCGUUUACGAAGCAGGGACGGUGUACCCUGACGGCUCGAUCAGUGAUUUUAUCAUCUUGGAAAACGAAUCGGUCAAAAAGAUUGAUAGAUAAAUAUGUAACAUCAUUUUACUAGAAUGAUUUGUUUUGUUUCAUGAUGCAUGGAAAUUUACAU